UGUUGGGAGUCUGUGGUUUUGUUUUCCUUUCCCUUCCCUUGUUUACUCAGGCAGUAGCGGUAUCAUUCCGCUAGUAUGGGGAGAAAGCUUCCCUCUCUCCUUCUAAAACACUCUCACAGACAGCGUGAGUGCCAGCUUGGUGCAAUGAGCGAGCAAACAGACGGAACGUAGUCUCCCGCUGCCGCCCGCAAAGUUGCUGCAGAUCCCCGGCCUGGCAUUGGUAACAAAGCUUUCGCAUCUGGAUGGGUAGCAGUGACCUCCCUACUCGGGUUCCGCCUGCGUCCAUCUAGGAGAGGGUGGCGAGAGGUCAAAGAAGCGAAAUCGGCGGACGAAAGUUUGUCAAUAUUCUAUGCCGGGAGGGAAGGAUGGGGGAUUACAAUAUGCCCCCAAACCCGAAGCAUAGUGCGAUCGUGGAGAGGUUGAGACAACGGAUCGAGCUAUGUCGCCGGCACCAUGCAGUCUGCCAGUUCCGCUACGAGCAGAACCAGCCGCAACGCGUCGAGCAGGAACGAAGGGAUAAGCUCGUCCUGCACCAGAAAUACCUGGAAACACGCAGUAAGAAGACCCCGAAAGCGAAACAGCAGCAGCAACAACGUGAAAGCAACCGGACUCCCAAAAGCUGCGACAACGAACAGCCUGCAGGACCUAACACAUGCAGUGAACACAGGAAUCUCACCCUCAUUGCUUUACAGGGUUCAAUAAAAAGAAAGCUGGAAGGAAAUGGUUCUCCUGUAAACAACAAUAGACAUAAUGGUAUCUCCAACGGGCCUUUCCAAAUGGAUAUUAAGAGAAUACGAGUAGAUGAAGCUGGUCUUGCAAUAGGCCAAAGUGGGCAUCAACUCAUUAAUGGACAAGGUCAAACCAUGCAGGUUUCUGUCACAGUGGAACCCGUAACUUCAGGAAAAGACAGCAAUUUGAUAGGAAGCACUCAAGCCAAUGGUGGUGACAUCAGUUCUGGUUUCAACUUCCCACUCAAUAAAGAGAUGAAACAGGAACCAAUGGAGAGUGUGUCAUGCACUGAUGAUUUAAACAAGCAAAUCUCCAGCAACAGUAUGUUGUUUGAGCCCAAAGAUGAUGUUGGAAUGCAGUUGCUUGAUCCUGAUUUGCAGGAUCUAUUUGAUGAGCUGACAAAUGUGUCAGGUGUUCCUCCACUGAGUGAAAUUGAUCUGGACAACAUGGUAAACGCCAGCAUUAGGAACGAAGAAUCAUUCAAUAUGGACCUUGGUCAACAAAACCAGAGCAAUACACUGAAACCACAUUCACGGUUGGAAAAUCCAGUAAUUAAAACUGAAUGCUCUCCUGAUUUUACCCAUGCACCAGCAGGAUCACCCCAAAUGCGGUCUCCAUCCAUUGGACCACCAUAUUCUGUCACAAAUACAACCAUGUCCACUCUUUCACCCAUCUCCUCAGCACCUCAAAGUCAAAACCAACCACAGCAAUCCUUGCCUUCUGCAACCAGAACCCUGUCCAAUUGGCAUGACAUGUCUCAUGCACAGCAGUUGAAAAAGAUUGCGGACAAUCGGCAACAGCACACUAUGCUCCAGCACCAGCAACAAAAUCAGGCAUCUAGCUGGCCACCAGCUCUACAGUCAGGCCCCUCAUCAGGAAACUUUGUCCAAGAGAAAAUACCCAGUCCAUCCCUACACCAUCAAUCCUUCAACCCCCAAAAUUCUCUGCUUGCUGGGGUGUCAACUAACAGCAGCAAUGCCAAAAACAUGAAUAACUGCCUCUGCAUGGCCCCAACUGCAGCACAGACUAGCCACAUAGAUAUGAUAAUUCACCAGCACAGUAUAAAUCGCAACAUGAUAAAUACUAAUUCUGCAUCACCAGACCAAUUUUCAUACCAUAAUACGAAGCCCUUGUCUCAUUUUGAUCCAGAGUCAAGCCAGAUCUCAUCAAUAUUGGCUUCCCAGAACAAACCUUCUGUCCUGCAUUAUACUCAGCAGCAGCCUUCAGCAGCAGUGCAACAAGCACCACCACCACCCACAGGUCGCCUCCAGAAUCAAACAAAGCAGCCAGAACAGAGCAUGCCAAUUGCACUGCAACAAAAAUUGCUGCUGCAGAAGAUGCAACAAAACCAACAGACUUCAGGGCUGCAACAUCCUCUGACUCAACACCAACAGGAUCAGAAUUCUCUGGUUGAGCCAAGUCCAGGUACAAGCCAAACUUCGAAUACCUGUCCAAACCCUGGCAACAACUACAUUAACAAUUCACAACAAGCAGCAAUAAAGCAGCAGUUGAUUGAGAAGAAACAGGUCAUACAGCGGCACCUAUUGGAGCAACAGAAACAGCUGCUUCUUCAUCAACAAAUUCUUGCAGAUCCGCAGAAAAUGAACACACAGGAUCAACCUAGCAGGCAUUUGACUAGGCCACCUCCAGAUUAUAAAGAACAAAGGCGAAAUCUAGUUGGAAUUCCACAGCCAAGUCAGUUUCCAGCCAUUAUGCCAAACUUAGCGAACCAACCCCAGAAUGGCAACUGCAAGAGGAAGGCUAUGGACAAGGAGAACAAUAUAUAG